AUGGCAAGAGUCAAAUUCGAGCCUGCCAAAGAUAUCCCAGACCUAAAGGGAAAGGUCGUCCUGGUGACCGGGGGCAACGCUGGGAUCGGAAAAGCAACCAUUCACGCCAUCGCCCUGCACGAUCCCGCACGCAUCUAUCUGUGUGCACGUCGCCGCUCCGCUGCCGAGGCUGCCGCUGCCGAGUUGAAAAGCGCGUGUCGGUACGACAGAAUCGACGUGCUGGAUUUAGACCUAGCAUCUCUAGACAGUGUCAAGAAAUGCGCGGCCGACUUCAACCAACGGGAACACCGUCUCGAUCUCCUCUUCCUCAACGCCGGCGUGGCUGGCACCGCGCCGGCCCUCAGCCCAGAAGGCUACGAGUUCCAGUUUGCGGUCAACCACAUGGGCCACGCUCUUCUCACGCAGUUGCUCCUGCCCAAGAUGUUACAAACGCGGCGAUCGGACCCGAAAGCCGAUGUCCGCAUUGUCGCCACGGCGUCCGAUGCGGCGUUUUCUGAUCCUGUGCUCCCGAAAGGGGGCCUCGCACUGAACGCCAUGCGCCAGCCGAACGCGUAUGGUCCGCUGAGCCUUUACGCUCACUCAAAACUGGCCAACGUGCUUUUCAUCCGCAAACUCUCCCAGCUGUACCCGGAGAUUUCGGCAACUGCGGUGCACCCCGGUGUCGUCAAAUCUGACAUCUGGGGCAAAGGCGCGGGCGGGCUGAUGACCAUGCUGUUGAAACCAGUGGUGUGGGCCACCGCGGUCAACGUCGAUCAGGGCGCAAAAUCGCAGCUGUGGUGUGCCACAGCGCCGCUUGGUGGAGCGACAGGAGUGAAAUCCGGACAGUACUACCAGCCAGUCGGAAAGAUCAGGAUGUUCAAGGGUGCCGCAGCCGACCUGAAGCUCGUUGAUGAGCUCUGGGAGUGGACUAACAAUGAACUUGCCCGUCACGGCGGCAUAGGAUGGCCUGCUGUGUAA